GCAUUACCUGUCGCUUUUGUAUGAUACAAUAUUAAAUAGUAACUUCUUCAAACCAAAAAUUCUACUAAUAAUGCAUUACCCCUAAUCUCACAUGGAAUGAAGCAUAUUCACAUUUCUUGUUUCACAAGUACCUUCUGAGUAACCCUCCUUGAUCUCUACUCAAGGAACUCCACAAAAAUUAAAAUCUCACAACUCCAACAUCUUCUUAUAACACGUCUUGAUUUAUCUUUAAGAACCAAACAAAAAACCAAAACCUAGAAGAGAAAAUGGGAGAUCAAGGAGUACAACAAAUGCAACAGCCUAUUGUUGUGUAUCCAAACGCUUACAAUAAACAGUAUCCAGACCCUUCUACAAAACCUUCUUCUUCCUCUGGCUCAAGCGGAAACUUUGGGACGGUCUUCAUAGUCCUAGCCGUGAUCUUUGUCUUGUCGGCUCUUGCUUGUGUCUUUGGAAGGCUAUGUAACCGUGAAAGCCGCGCGGCUAAGCAGCAACAUAGCAAGCAUCCGAAGCAUGAGAAAGCUUCUUCCAAGAAGAGCCGUGAGAUUCGGCCUGUGGAGCGUGAGCCGAGGGAGAGAGGUGAUAUGGAUUUUGGUUUCGAUAUGAAACGGCCUGAACCAAUUGAGAAACCUUCUGGAAGAGACGGAGGAGAGGACAUAGAAUUCGGGUUUGAUAACAAGAGAGGUGAAAGAGGCCGCGAAGGCGGAGGCGGAGGAGGACCACCUCCACCGAAUAUCAAACAUGCAGUGAGGUUCAAGCUACCGGAAAAUGGAGAUCAUCAUUCUAAAGGAGAGAUCAGACGUGGAGGUCCUUCCUUCGAGUUCCGACCAGGACACUAAUGAUCUUAAUUUGUUUAAGAACAAAUCACUUGAUAUGUCUUUAUUACUUCCUCACUUUCAUUUCUUUUGUGCUUUUUUUCUUUUCUGGUUGAUUCUUCUUAUGGGUAUGGAACUUAGUGCUGAAGCUAUCAAACUUCUUAUUAGUCUCUUGGUGUGAUGUAUAAAGUCGUCUCUCUACAUAUCAAAGGUACUAAAUAAAAUCCAUAAUAUUUCUGAGUAUAUUUUGUAAGAAUCAUGGUUAAAGAAUCAACAAAUUUAUAAGAAGAACGUUUUUUAUCAGAAUACAGAGUUCUUCACUAUCCU